AUAAAAAUUUAAUUUCUGUCUUUAUCAAAUCUCUAUUUCAGAGUAUUUGUACGUAUGUACUUAUCGUCUGCUGUAUGAUCGAAUAUCGAAUAGGCGCUUGGCCAUGGAUCGUUGCAUUAGGUUUUCGUAAUCCCCGAAACCCAGACAAACCACUAUGGAAAUGCGGAGGUUCCCUGAUAUCGGCUAGGCAUGUUUUGACCGCAGCACAUUGUGCACAUAUGGAUGGAAUAGAAAACAUACACAAUCAUAAUAUUGUCAUUCUUAGAUUGGUGGAGGAGGUGCCAUUUUCGAGGUACGUAUAUCCCAUUUGUACGAAAGAGCCCCUACGAAAGAGCAACUUCGUCGGCUAUAACCCCCUUGUUGCUGGAUCGGGAGCAUUAAGAUAUAGUAAGUGAUAUCAAUUUUAUAAUAAAAUUAAAUAGUUCCAGUCUUAAAUAUCUUUCUUAUUUUCUUCGUAGGACGACCACGACGUAAUGCAUUAAUGGAAGUACAAAUGCCAGUGAUUAAGAACGCCGAAUGCAAAAUAGCUUAUUCCAAAUUUCCUAAUGCACCUGAUAUCACUGAUGGUAUAAUAUGCGCCGAACAUGCUCAGGGUGGAGAGGAUUCUUGUACGGUAAUUAAGUUACUGAGUUACUACAAACUAUACGGUAUCUGAAGACACGUCGAUUCGAAUUAACAUCAAAUCGACGUCUUAAACAUUAAAAAUAAUAGAUAAACACAAUUUAAUAGUUUUGCC